GCCACGCGAGCCAAUGCCGAAAGUGAGCCCCCUCGCCGGGUCUGCCCGUGGGGCGCGGGGCGGAAGGCACGAUGGCGUGGGCCCAGACCUGCGGCAGGGCUCAUUAGACAUGUCAUUUGAGGAGCUGUUGGAAUUACAGAACAAAGUCGGGACUAAGGCAUGCAAACAGUUGGCAGCUGAUAACAGCAGGAAGAAGCAAGGUUCUAGACCACCUGUCCAAAGUGCAUGUGUUGCAGAUAAGCACAGGCCUUUGGAAAUGUCAGCCAAGGUCCGGGUGCCGUUUUUGCGUCAAGUUGUCCCCAUCAGUAAGAAGGUAGCCCGCGACCCCCGCUUUGAUGAUUUAUCAGGGGAAUAUAAUCCUGAGGUGUUUGACAAAACAUACCAAUUCUUGGAUGACAUCCGAGCCAAAGAGAAAGAGCUUGUGAAAAAACAAUUGAAGAAGCACCGUUCAGGUGAGAAGCAUGAGAAACUGCAGCAGCUGCUUCAGCGAAUGGAACAGCAGGAAUCAGCUCAGCGGGAACGAAAGCGACAGCAGGAGCUGCGCCUGGCCCUGAAGCAGGAGCGGCGUGCUCAGGCCCAGCAGGGCCACCGACCCUACUUCUUGAAGAAAUCUGAGCAGCGCCAGUUGGCCCUAGCUGAGAAGUUCAAGGAGUUAAAACGCAGCAAGAAGCUAGAGAGCUUCCUGAGUCGAAAGAGGCGCCGAAAUGCAGGCAAGGACAGAAGACAUCUUCCUUUGAGCAAAGAAUAAUACAGAAUUUCUUCAAUGUGGCCACUGCACCAGUGAACACUGCAUCUGUGGGGACAGAUACGGGCUUGGUCUUUUCAGUUCUUUCCCAUUCAAGGGCAAAGGAUCACGGUGGCCCUGAGCUAAGUUGGUUAGCAGGGUCUUGGAUCACCCCUAGGACUGAAUAAGAAGAGCUGUUCGGCCUGCUACAUGUCACACAGCCUCUGCUUGGUUCUGGUCAUCAUGUUCUCAUGUCCUCUCCCAUCUUGCCUUAAACCAGUACGUCUUGUACAGCAGGAAAAGGGCAGGGAGUUAAGACCUUGGCGCCCAAAGCUGGGACUUUAUAUAAGAACCAGUUCAUAAACAUUCUUUUCACUCAUCUCUUUUUGCUCUGCUCUUUCAGGGGCAGGGAGGGACUUGUGGGUAGCCUAAAUUAUUUUUUAGUGGGCCACGUGAGUAGGCCCUAAGAUUCCUGCAAAAUGUAAAGUCAGAUCAGAGACCUAUUUAAACCCAAACAGAUACCAUGAACCAACCCCGCAACUCAACCUCCUUAGCUUUGGCUGUGGAGGUAAAAGGAGGAUGAAGGUGGGGAUAAAAAAAAAUCCUCCCCAUCUAGGCAAAAGAAGCAUAGCUCUCCUGCCUGCCUGUGGCUAUGCAAGUGUUCCUCUCCACAAACCUUGCCCUUUUUUUGUAAAUUUAAAAAAAAAUUACUUAUUUAUACAUAUA